UCGGGAUGCUCAACUUGAGGUCGCGGUCGAGGGCGAGGGCGAGGGCGAGGUCAAACUCCGGACGACAUUGAAUGCGUAUAGAAUAGAUCCCUCGGAAACGGAAACCCCGGCGCGGACGAGAACAUUGAUUGAGCGUCGGGAUACCAUUUUGGUCAGGGCCACGAGGGCCGAGUCUUUUUCUAGACGCACUGCCAUACCUAGCGGAUAAUUAACUUUUCAUACGCCGGCGAAGAAUUACCUCUCCAGCUGUUUUCCAGUAUGCGGACGAGGAGUGCAUCGAAAUCGUGAACCCUAGUGCUCGCUCCGACGUCGAGGUCGAGGUCGGGUUCGGGUUCGGCAGCUCGAGCCGGUUGAGACUUCCAAGAUUGAGAAGCAGAAUCGACAUGAAGUUGCAGCAGGAUCUGGAUGAAACGCCCAAGUCGGGAUUUGUCGACGUGCCGGAGGUGGUGAGCGCGCAGUACGUGGUGUCCGAGACGCUAUGUCUGUCCGUGGAGAGUAACAAGCAUUGGUCGUGGUGCGGCGAGGAGAUCACCAUCGAGAACGAUCAUGCUCAACGACCUUUCACCGUGGAGAGCACCGGGCAUGGCAGCAUUCUCGUGCGAGAUAUCUCCGGGAAUGGGCUCGUGUUUUUGAGACAGCAGUAUCUGGCGUUCAGGCGCACUUGGAAGGUUUAUCUGGGAGAAAAGUGCGAGAAAAGUAGUUAUCUGUACACAUUCACGCAUACGGGGAGAAAACAUUUCAGUGUUUUCCUCGCCACGAACACCAACAGAGAUAAGCCGGACUUCAUAGUGAAGAAAGAGAGGAGCCGUCAUCGAAGUUUCGAUGUGUACUACAAAGACGAUGAUAGAAAGUCGAUUGUAGAGGCUAAGCAUGUAAAGGGAGAGAAGAAAAUGAAAGUUGCUAUUCAUCCAGGCGUUGAUCUCGCGUUUGCUGCCACGUUAAUUGUCCUGAUGGAUCGUUAGUUCUACUUCGGAAUGAUAUUUUAUCUGCUGAUCGCAAUUGCAGCCGGUGGACGAUGAGAUCCAUGAGGGCUGAUGUAGUAUGUAAUUUCUCCCUACUGUGUAGAUUCUGAAAUCUCAAAUUUUACAUAGCUUAGACGUGUGCACUUCUUCCAUGUGUAUUUUGAGUCAGUCAAUCAGAAGAGUCACCGAGUUCAUCCAAUAAAAAGUUAUUUUCAGUUGUUGAGUUUAUUGUUGCUGUACCUUUUCUCAAUAUGUGCGGAACUGGUG